AUGCCGUUGAACACGAUCAGACGUCUGUUACCGCGUAAAGUCAUCCGCGAUGAGUACUCGUUCGAGUUAUUACGUAGUAGCUCCGCACACGAUAUGAUGCCUACGUCGUCGUCGUCCACUCAAUUACACGCUGAUUUACCACGAUAUUACUCAAAUUAUGACCACGUAACUAUUCAAUCCACUGGUCUUCUGACGUCGUCCGCUGCUCCUGCUUCCGAUGCUGAAUCUAAGAACACCGAAGAAGCCAUUGAUUUUGCGUCCGAAGUUGAAGCGAUGUCGGACACGUCGGCGUUGAUCGGUUUCGUUGCCGGAGACACACCAGGAUGUAGUUAUGGAUUUUCCGCGGAAGAUCCCAUUUACGAGAAAGCGAUCGCUGAUUGUUACAUUAUCAAAGAAAGCCCAUCGUUCUGUGAAGGAGUUCUGCUGAAAUGCAUCGACAAACAACCUAUGUUCCCCUACCUGCACUUCUCGCAGUUUCAAUCUCCAGAUCAUCAUCAACGACAAAGCGAAAUCGAAAAGUUGAUCCGGGAAUGUAAAGUGUGUCCAGAGAGUUUAUUCGGGUCUUACGAAGAAGUGUACUCCAUUCAGAAGACCACCACAGCAGGAGAUACACGUCUCCCGUCAAAUAGACAUGCAGGAUAUAUCGUUAUAGGAUUUAAGCUGCUUGACGACUCGUCAAAGCAAAAAAACUUGGAAAAAUCCUGGUUGUCCUGGUCAGGAGCUCGAGAAAUCUACAAACAUUCCCCACGAACGUGGAAUCUAAGGCGGAUAUCACUUAGAAGAUACACAUCAACAACUCGUUCAUCUCAUCGUCCUUUCGUCUACAUUUUAAUGUGCGAGUUCGGUUCAAUACUACAUCCGUCAAAUACUCUGCAAGCGCUGGAUAUGUGUGAGAGAUUGCGAGUACGCAACUGCGGACAUAUAGCACUUUAUCAGGUCCACACCGCUUACGGUGCCACUUUGUCCAGCGCUAGGAAAGUGUUGUCCACCUCAACAGCUGCCAUGAAGCGACAAGCUAUGAUUCGUGGAUUCAGCCACGAUGUCGAUACCCCGCCCCCGGGAUCUACAGACGAACGUCGAUCAAGAUUGAGGAUUCGUGAAAACAGUUUUCAGUACCCCGACGAACAUUACACUUCCUAUCAAUGA